AUCGCCACCCGUUUUCAACUAAUUUAUUCAAUUUUAACUAACCGUUGCUCAUAUGCCUAGCAAAUGAUAUCUCAAAAUGGCACCAUCUUGUUCGCACCGUCUGUUGUCAGGGCAAAGUAGGUAACUUAUUUUGAUAUUUAUAAAUAAUUAGAAGUCAAACAUUGCAAAUGACACUGUAUGUGUGAACUAUUGUGCUUCAUAAAGGUUUUUGUUGUGUCCAUUUCGAAGAAAAAAACAUUUUUUAGUUCAGUUUAAAACUGUGUACGUUGUGAAAGUUCUGCAGGUUGAGUAAAAAUUCCAAGGAUUUAAAUGUAGGCUACUUCGUUUGAAAUCUUCUUCAUGUAUUCGUGAUAUUAAAAUGGAUCCCGAGAUGAAAAAGGAUGAUGGAUAUAACGUCGCUUAUUCGACGAGCGAUGUGUCGUCUUAUGAUACGGCACACAUUUCAAACGAAAUCCAAAGUUACUAUUCCGAACUGGACUGGCAAAGUGGAGCUUUAGAUCACCACAGAUCCGUAUACACAUUAGCACCCCGGCAGGAAAUAUCACCACUUCAGUUUUAUCCCAGUUACGCACCUGUCACCCAUUCUGAUUUGUAUCCUGGAGCGAAUAUUUGGCACCCUUCAGAUAGUGGUAUACAGCUAGGGGGAGACACGCCCAUAUCUCAUCACAGUUUGGUUGUUCGGCGGGAACAUUCCAGAAAUGGAUCAUCGUCAUCCCAGAGACCAAAAAGAAGACGGACCCAAAGUGUUAUCCAAAGACGGGCAGCUAAUGUCCGAGAACGCCGUCGUAUGUUUCAACUAAAUGAGGCAUUUGACGAAUUGCGGAAAAAGCUACCGGCUUUUAACUACGAAAAACGAUUGUCUAGGAUAGAAACUCUUCGACUGGCAAUGACAUACAUAUCAUUUAUGCAAGAGGUCACUACCGGUACCGACCCUAAAGAUGUUAAACUUUUAGCUUAUCAUUCGGAUAACUCGAACCCUCCGCAUGAUCUAACAUUACAGACCAACGGAUGUCAUUCACCAAUACACCACAACGGAAUAAAUGGAGACAUUGACCAAGAACAAAUGGUUGGAAAUCUCAGGAUAGCCGAAGUUCCUCUUCCUCCCCCAAUCCAAUUAAUAGAGUUGCCAAUGACGGCAGUACACGUAGAAAUGUUACCCAGUGCCCCAGCUCAGAUAACACUACCGGUCACAAAUCUAGAGGUUUUAACCGAUCAGCAAUCGGAUACCGCUGAGGAAACAACAGAUAUAAUAGAAAACAGCUGCCCAGAAACAUAAAACAGUGGUAAAAUCCACAAACUUCCUAUAAAUUUCGAAACGAAAGUCAUCGCUACCGGGAGAUUGGUAAUAAAAAUGUAUGUAUUUUGUGACCAUCGCAAAUGCACCGGACUGUAACGAUACGGCGUGAAUAAUAAACACGUAUGUAUUUUGUGACCAUUGCAAGACGCACCGGACUGUAGCGAUACUGCGUGAAUAAUAAACCUACGUGCAAUGACAUGGGCUUGAUUACGGUAUUUAAAAGUGACAGUUUAAUACAUUUACAGCUCAGGUAGAUCAUAUUCCUAUUACUACCUUUACAAUAAAAAUAAAUAUUAUUUUACAUUUAACCCGUGAGUAUGGUUGUCUCGGGGGCCCUAACUGUGAAUGUUUUCAGUGAUUCUCAAGUAGUGAAUGGGUCUUUCUAGUUUUGAAUUUACGUCGUUUUUGGUGAAAUUGGUAAGCAAACAGUCAGCACCAUUUAAAGUCAGUUUUACAAAACAAAUUCUCUCUUGAUUUUUAGUAUUGAGCAUUGCCUUUCUAUUGACCUUUGACAUGGUUGAGGCGAAUACUAAGAUAUUUGAUAUUUUAAUAGGUCAAUGUAAGUCAAAAUAAUGUGUUGUAAUUAAUCAACCUUUUAUCAUACUAAAUGCUGAAUAUACAUAUUAAUUUACAUACCAGUUUAAGUUCCUGCAAUUGCAAUAUUCUUGAAUAAUGCCCAUUGUUGAUUUCUCUAUAAUGCCAUUGUUUAUUUCUCUAUAACGCCGUUGUUGAUUUUUUUAUAACGUCAUAAUGUUGAUUUCUCUAUAACGCCAUUGUUGAUUUCUCUAUAACGCCAUUGUUGAUUUCUCUAUAACGCCAUUGUUGAUUUCUCUAUAACGCCAUUUUUGUAAACAAAAUGUUAUUUUGAUAGCCUACGAACUGAUUAAGAAUUAUAGUUUUAAAAUGUUGGUAAAAAUUAACCAAUUUUGUAGAUGACCACCAAUUUAAGAGAUAGAGUUUAAAAUUCCUCUACAAUUUAAGAAUUAGAGUUCAAAAUUCUUCUACAAUUUCAAUAAGUUUGUAGAUGACCAUAAUAUCAUGUUUCAAAUCCUCGCAAAGAUUGGAUAUGGUAGAUUUUUUUAAUAAAUUAAUAUUGCUAUUUUAAACAUUUCGGUUAUCAUUAUUCGUUCUAGUCAUACUGUUAAUGUAUUUUUGUACAUUUAACAUAAGCAUUCCUUAGUGCCUUACUAAAAUUGUAUAUAGUUGUGUAUAAUAAGUAAUAAUAAUUUUGUUUUACGCAUAUAAGAUUUAAAGAUAAACAUGUUAUAUUAUAACAUCAUUAUUUUACCCUCACGGAACUAAAAUAUUCGUUUAUAUGCUAUUUUAAACAUUUAGUUAAUCGUUAUUCUUUCUAGUAUGCUGCUGAUGUAUUUUUGUACAUUUAACACAAGCAUUCCUUAGUGCCUUACUAAAAUUGUAUAUAGUUGUGUAUAAUAAGUAAUAAUUUUGUUUUACUCAUAUAAAUAUGUUAUUUUAUAACGUCAUUAUUUUGCGCCCUCGGAACUAAAAUAUUUGUUUAUAUAAUAAGAAAUAUAUUUUUUGUUACCUUCAUAUGAUUUUAAAGGUAAAUAUGUUAUAUUAUAAAACCAUUAAUGCACAUGCAUGAAAAUUAUGCAUUACUGAGUUCACUUCUGACAGAUAACUUGAUUUGCUACUAUGCAUUACGAUAAUUUAAUUCCAAAUUAAUAGUUUGAAUAAAACAGGGUUUCAACGUUAUGAUAGGUAUUUACUUCAUAAAAUAAUUUUCAAGCACAAGUUUAUUUUAAAAAAAAUAGUGAAGAAUAUUUCUGAAAAUAUAAAUAAAUACACUUUAAUGAUACCAAUAUACAACUGAAUUGUAUAAUAUUUAAUGCAACUUAAAAAGAAAUAAAAGGAUUAAUAAUAUAACCCGGAUUCUCAUUUUUACUAUUUUAGGUUUAAAGCGUAAUUAAUACUAAUAAAAUGACUUUUGUAUUUUUAAAAAUCCAUUAUAUGAUGGGAUAUUUAUAUUUUUAUGUAAAAAUGACGGACUUAUUUAAAUUGAUUUUUAAAAACGUAUAGCUUUUUGAUGAAAUGGCAACAAGAUAAUAAUGUCUUCCAAUUGUAUUAUAAUAUAAUAGAUGUAAUAUAAUAGUUAUUUAUAAUAUUCAUUUAAAUGUAUAUUUUAUGUGUAUUUUAUAUGCAGCAUUUGAAGCAACAAUGAUCUUCUCAAUGUCUAUUCAAAAUAGAUAUUUGAUAUUAUUUUGAAUUAGGCCGAUGUAAAACUGUCAUCCUAAUUUUUUAUCAUAAACUCGCUUAGUUACACGGAGCUACACGGGUGAAAACCUCUAUUUUUCAAACAUCCCAUAAUAAGCAAUAAUUAUUAAUUGUCAAUUUUAUUAUUAAUUACUGCACUAAAUACAAAAUAAAUAGCACCAUUACUUUACUUGUAAAAGGCUAGUUAUUACGAAGUUAAACAGUUUGGUUUCUUGUAGUCACCAAAGUACAGAUCCUUUUCAACUAUCAAUGUAAACGUGGAAAAUUAUGUAAUAUUUGCAUUGUUUAUCCCAUUGAUUGGGGCAAGCUAUAGUACGCAUACUGUUUUUAAUUUCAAAGUUAGGAUUCUGAACAGAUUCCAAAUACCAAAUUAUUAGCAGUGGCAUGAAGAGGUUUGGUAAUGCUCGGGGUAAAUAGGGUCUAGUACUCAAAAAUGUGAGAAAGGAAAUAUUUGAAAGAAAAAUGACCUUAAACAAAUUGAUCCGAUAAAAAGAAACUUAAACCAGUUUCAUUUCGAUAAAUUUGAAAAGUAUGAAAUCCAGAAAAAAUAACGUAAUGUUAUAUUGUCCAACAAAAUUCCUCAGAAAUCAACUAUAUGUAGAAAAUAUUAAGCAAAUAUCAUGCACUUCAUAGCCGAUUAGAUAAAGUCCAUUCAAAUACAUGUAUUACUUGAAUUUUAUUUUGUAUAUCAUAGUAAAUGUUUUGUUUUGUAUAUCAUAGUAAAUGUUUUGUUUUGUAUAUCGUCAGUAAUGUUUUGUUUUGUAUAUCGUCAGAAAAUGUUUUGUUUUACCUUUGUUGAAGAUUUCAAUUCUAGUCAUAUGUGGCUCAACAUUAAUAAAAUAACGUGACCUACACUAUC